AUGUCUUCCAGCUUCAGUCCCUCGCGCCCGCCGCAGCAGUUAAUCGGCGUCUCCCGCCUGAGAUCCUCCAGCCUCAAGAAGCUACCGGAACCCUUGCGUCGAGCCGUCGCCGAUUGCCUCUCCUCCACUAUCUCUCCUUCCAACGAACCUUCUAGAACUCUUCAGGUUAACUUGUGGGAAGGGGCAUUACUCCUGUACAUACUCUUUCUCACUCGGUAUGCUACCUAUUUAGCAUUGAAGCUUCCCAUAACCAUCUUCAUAGGCACCACAGCAACUGGCUGUGUGAAGUCCUGGAAGCUAGUUAAUCUACUUUCGUCUUUACUUUUUAAAGGGUGGGCUAUGAAGAAGGAUGGCGGAUAUGGUUUUCUUAAUUAA